AUGGGUCAAGGUGUUUCUCAAGGACAAGAUAAAAAGAAAAAUAAGAAAGGUGCCAAUCAAAAACCAAAGUAUGAACCACCAGUGCAGUCUAAGUUUGGACGUAAGAAGAGAAGAGGAGGUCCAGCAACAGCUGAAAAAUUACCAAAUGUUCAUCCGAGUACUCGUUGUAAAUUGAAAUUAUUAAGAAUGGAGAGAAUCAAGGAUCAUUUGUUAUUAGAAGAAGAGUUCGUUACUAACUCUGAGAUUUUGAAGCCUUUUGAAAAGAAACAAGAAGAAGAGAAAAAACAACUAUUAGAAAUUAGAGGUAACCCAUUGAGUAUUGGUACAUUAGAAGAAAUUAUUGACGAUGAUCAUGCAAUUGUGACAAGUCCAACCAUGCCAGAUUAUUAUGUUUCAAUUCUUUCCUUUGUUGAUAAGGAACUGUUAGAACCUGGUUGUUCCGUUCUUUUACAUCACAAGACUAUGUCUAUUGUUGGUGUAUUGCAAGACGAUGCUGAUCCAAUGGUUUCUGUUAUGAAGAUUGACAAAUCUCCUACCGAAUCGUAUAGUGAUAUAGGUGGUCUAGAAUCUCAAAUUCAAGAAAUCAAGGAGUCUGUCGAAUUACCUCUAACACAUCCAGAAUUAUACGAAGAAAUGGGUAUCAAGCCUCCUAAGGGUGUUAUCCUAUAUGGUGCACCAGGUACAGGUAAGACUCUUUUGGCAAAGGCUGUUGCUAACCAAACUUCUGCUACGUUUUUAAGAAUUGUAGGUUCUGAAUUAAUUCAAAAAUACUUGGGUGAUGGUCCAAGACUAUGUAGGCAAAUAUUUAAGGUUGCUGCGGAAAACGCCCCUAGUAUCGUCUUUAUUGAUGAAAUCGAUGCUAUUGGUACAAAGAGAUAUGAUUCAAAUAGUGGUGGUGAAAGAGAAAUUCAAAGAACAAUGUUGGAAUUACUGAACCAAUUGGAUGGUUUUGAUGAUAGAGGUGAUGUUAAAGUUAUCAUGGCAACAAAUAAAAUAGAAAGUUUAGAUCCUGCUCUGAUUAGACCCGGUAGAAUUGAUCGUAAGAUUUUGUUCGAGAAUCCUGAUUUAUCAACCAAGAGAAAGAUUCUAGGUAUUCACACAUCUAAGAUGAACCUAAGUCAAGAUAUAGAAUUAGAAAAGCUUGUUACGAGUAAAGAUGACUUGUCCGGUGCAGAUAUACAAGCCAUGUGUACGGAGGCUGGUCUACUGGCAUUAAGAGAGAGAAGAAUGCAAGUCACUGCAGAGGAUUUCAAACAAGCUAAAGAACGUGUCUUGAAAAACAAAGUGGAGGAAAAUCUGGAAGGUUUGUACUUAUAA